UUAGUAAAAUAUCCAACAUAUCUUCACAUCGUUAUAUGAAAUACCCAGAAAGUAUGAAGUGCCACUACGAAGUACUCGGCGUUUCGAGAGAUGCGUCAGACGACGAUUUGAAAAAAGCGUACAGAAAACUAGCACUGGAAUGCCAUCCUGAUAAGAAUUUCGACAAUACUGAAGAUGCUAAAGAACAAUUUCAAAUCGUCCAACGAGCAUGGGAGGUCUUAAGUGAUCCGCAAGAACGAGCCUGGUAUGACAAUCACCGAGAAGCUAUUUUGAAAGGAGGGAUAGGAGGGAAUUACAAAGAUGAUUCGAUCGAUUUGUUCCAAUACUUUACUGCGAGCUGUUAUGAGGGCUAUGGCGAUGGCGAAAAAGAAUUUUACACGGUUUAUGGAAAAGUUUUUGAACAACUGACUGCUGAAGAAUCAGAGUUUUGCAAAGAAGAAGAUUUGGACGAUGAAGUAUCUGGUUUUGGGAAUUCCACUAGCUCAUAUCACGAUGUUCACAAAUUUUAUGCAUAUUGGCAAAGCUAUUCGACAAAGAGGUCAUUUGCUUGGCUAGAUACAUACGAUAUUCGUGAUACCCCAAACAGACGUGCUUUAAGAUUGGCAGAAAAGGAGAACAAGAAAAUUAGAGAUAAGGCUAAAAAAGAACGCAAUGAACAAGUUCGGAACCUUGUAGCAUUCGUUCGCAAGCGUGAUAAACGAGUUAAAGCGCAUGCAAAAAUCCUGGCAGAAAGAGCUAAAGAAAAUACCGAAAAAACACAAGAACGGAGAAGGCAACAACUGAUCCAGAGACAAAAAGAACUGGAAAGUUAUACCGAGCCGGAAUGGUCAAAGUUUUCUAAUAUCGAACAAGAUUUAAAGGUUAUUGAAGCAAAUCUUGCUGCUGAGUUUGGAGAGGAAUUAACUUCAAAUAUAGAUUCUAAAGAUGCCGAUGAUACGGAUAGUAACACCCUGUAUUGCGUUGCUUGCAGCAAAAUAUACAAGACACAGAAAGCAUUUACGAAUCACGAAAAUUCCAAGAAACACGACGAUAAUGUUUCAACCAUGAUAGCCUCCUUCAUGGCUGAUGAAAAUAUGGAAUUUGAAUGCAGUAUUCGAAAGUACAAUUCGGACUUUGAAUUGAAUUUUAAAUGCGGUAGCAAAAGAAAUAUUUGUUUGAUAAGUCGAAACCGGAAAAGUGUGAUAUUGGCAAUAAGCCGAGAAAUACGAGAUCUCUUGAUGAACCGCAGUGAGAAUAUCGAUGUGAAUGCGAAAGGCAACCAGCGAAGUACAUCAAAUGAAGAAAUGAUUUCGGAUAGUGAAUCAAGUUCUACAAGUGAAAAAAAUACAAAUAAGCUUGUGAAAAAACAAGGUGUUGAACUAGCCACAGGCCCAGAACCGGAAGACUUUCUUAUAGUAAUUAAAAUACACGAUAACAUGAAUAUAGUGAUUCCUGAAUGUAAAUUGAUAUCAGACCAAGAGAACGAACUUGACAACCCAGUGUUACAUAUGACAGAAAAAUCUCGCAAAAGUAAGAACAAAAAGCGUAAAAAUGUUCAAAAAGUCAUUCUUGAACAAACAACCGACGAUGAGCAAGAACUAGAUGCUCAUUUUGGGUGGUCCAAGAAACAGCGAAGGAAACAAAAACAAAAGGAAGCAACUCUUGACAACAAAUAUCACACUGUCCCAGAAACGAUUGACAAUUUUACUAAAGGCAACAAAGUAAAUUUUGACGAUACUGACUUGAGCUUUGAAGUAGAUGCCAGAUUAUUAACUCAAAGUACAAAAAAAUCUAAAGGCCGGCAAAUUGGGGGCUCACAAAAAAAUGGCGUGUCUUGGUUGGCAGGAUUCUAG